UCAGCCAAUCAGGACACAGUACAUCGAAUUGUUCGUUUCCAGGCUCGGAAGAGAAGGAAGGAAGGAAGCAAGCAAGCAAGCAAGCAAGCGAGGUGAUAGCGCUGCAGGUUGCAAGAGCUGUUUGGCCCCUCUUCACUUAGAUCCGCCUAUGAACACGCCCUUUUCCCUGUAAUAAAUAUCGGAGACGAGAACGCACACAGGGGCUGGUUUCCUGCUACUUUUUCCUGCUCCUGUCACCUGCAUAUCGAAUCAAGGUGCUCUUUUUCCACUAUUCCGUUUGAAGACCAUGGACACAGAAAUUGAUCAGCAAGAUGAGAGCUCAUUCAGCAACACAGAGACGAAUGGUAAACGCCCUGCUGAGGAUGCAGAUGAACAGAAAUCAUUCAAACGCUCCAGAAACUGUGAUGAGAUGGUAGAGCUCCGCAUUCUCCUGCAGAGCAAAAAUGCAGGAGCUGUGAUUGGGAAGGGUGGAAAAAACAUCAAAGCCCUUCGUUCAGAUUACAAUGCCAGUGUGUCAGUCCCAGACAGCAGUGGGCCUGAGCGAAUCCUGAGUAUCAGUGCAGACAUAGAGACUAUUGGAGAAAUCCUACUGAAGAUUAUCCCUACAUUGGAAGAAUACCAGCAAUACAAUGGCAAUGACUUUGAUUGUGAGCUCCGUCUGCUGAUCCAUCAGAGCCUGGCGGGCUCCAUCAUCGGUGUGAAAGGAGCAAAGAUCAAGGAGCUUCGGGAGAACACAAAGACCAGCAUCAAGCUGUUUCAGGAGUGUUGUCCCCAGUCAACGGACCGUGUGGUGCUGGUUGGUGGUAAAAUGGAGAGGGUGGUGGAGUGCAUCAAGACCAUGCUGGAGCUCAUCUCUGAAGCUCCAAUAAAAGGCCGUACACAGCCCUACGACCCUAACUUCUAUGAUGAGACAUACGAGUACGGUGGUUUCACCAUGAUGUUCGAGGAGAGGGGAGGCGGCCGCAGGCUCAUGGGAGGCUUCCCCAUGCGCGGAGGCAGGUCCAGUGGCGACCGCGGGUAUGACAGAAUGCCUUCCAGCCGAGGGGCGCGUGGACCCCUGCCUCCCUCACGCCGCGAUUACGAUGAUAUCAGCCCCCGUAGGGGUCCUCCUCCACCCCACCCCAGUAGGGUUGGCAGGGGAAGCGGGCGUCCGCGAAACAUGCCAAUGGGUCACCCAUACAGGGGAGGCAGAGACGAUCGUUACUAUGACUCAUACCGUGGCUCAGAUGACAGGUCAAAUGACAGAAGAGGCAGACCGGAUCGCUACAGUGAUAACAUGAGUGGCAGUGGAUAUGAUAACAGCUCCUCCUGGGAUAGCUACCAGUCAGGUGGACGUGGAUCCUAUAACGACAUGGGCGGUCCUGUCAUCACCACACAAGUGACAAUCCCUAAAGACCUGGCUGGAUCCAUCAUCGGUAAGGGAGGCCAGAGGAUCAAACAGAUUCGCCACGAGUCGGGGGCCUCCAUCAAGAUAGACGAACCUUUGGAGGGCUCAGAGGAUCGCAUUAUUACCAUCACUGGCACCCAGGACCAGAUCCAGAAUGCCCAGUACCUUCUACAGAACAGUGUGAAGCAGUACUCUGGUCAUUUGCUGUAGACCUUGAGGGAGCAGAUUGAAGAAAACUCGGAUUGAACCCCAAUUCCUCUUCUCAAAUCUUUUUGCCCUGGUCCAACACAUCCCCCCCUUCAGACUUUUACUCUGGAUUGUGGGUGUCUUUUUUUUUUUUAUUAUUAUUUUAUUUUUGUAUUUUUAAUUAAAUGUCCGACAUUCCUGUGCAUCCAUAAAAAUGUAGAAGAUCUGCAUUUUUAAGAGUGUAGUCCAAUAGUUUGUCUGAUUUUUGCUUUGGUUUUUCUUUUGUAACUCGUAUAUCAAAAUAUCUCAAGAUUUCCCUCAGACAUAAAAAAAAUAAACCUAACCUUUAUUUUUUGGAUGGAUUUGAUUUGUUUUUAUGCAUAAAUGUGGAUGAUUGUGUCCGAGUGGGUGUGUGCACAUGUGGGUGUGUGUGGCUUGGUAUGCUUUCAGUUGUCUCCUACAAAUUUGUGCAACAUACAGAAUGUAAGAUGUUCCUUCUGUUCUUCAACAGCUCUGGGGAAAUUGAAAUCUGUAGAAUUGAUUUUGAAUUGUUUGUUGGGAGUUGUGUACAAACAGAACAUAAUUUCUACCAACACUCUAGCGGUGCAACGAAAUAAAUCUGGAGUAUUGAAGUAACUCCCAAAGUAAGCAUUUCUGUUGGUAGUUAAGAGUUGAGGCAUUUUAUUGGUUAUUGGACACAUAUACUAAACUUUUCUACUUUGUCUGCAAGUUCCUCUCUGAACUUGCCUACUCUUCAUUGUUGUGAAUUUCACAAUGUCAAAUUUAAAGAAAAAUAAAAGUGCCACUUUUUA